AUGUUCGACCAACUGCGACGUGUGGUGUACCUAUUGGUACUUCUGCAGUUCUGUGCGUGUGUGGUCCGUGCAACCGAUGGCAGUGGGGGAGAGGCGCCGGUUGAGGCGGUUGUGGAACGGACUGAACAUGAUGAGAUGGUGGCGGCGGAGAAUGUGACAGCGGCGUGGAUAGAAAAGGCGUAUGAGCUUCUUGUACAAGGUAGAGUCUGUAUGACUGUGUGGGACGGAGCUGUGGACUCGUUGAACGGAAGUUCCCAACUUGUUGAGACUAGGGCUGAAGAGGUUAAGGAUUUUGUGAAGAUGGCGACGGCUGAAGAGGUUAAGAAGCUCGAAGAGAUGGUGCUAGAGGUUGGAAAAGAAGUCAACACGACAAAGUCAUCAAUCCCUUAUGUAAGGCGAGCAGGUGUUCUGUGCGAGGGUCCACAAGAGAGUUUGGAGGAUGCGGAGAACAGAUUCAACCAAAGUGUAAGAAGUUAUUUGAAUGAAAAAGCGGCAAAAACAAAUAGGACCUAUUGGACACUUGAAAAGGAAUUGCUCGCAGAAAAGAGCAACAAAACUUACGGUAAGGUGGUGGCAGUCACGGGAAGAUACAAGGAAUUAAGAGGCCGGAGUCACGUUAUCGAGUUCCAUGUUCAGCGGCGUGUAGAGGCAGCAAAGCAAUCAAUGAAAGAAGCGAAGAAUAAACUAGUUGCGAUUAAAGUUGGAGAACCAAUUGAGAAGAAAGGAGAAGAUAUCAAGAAGAUUGAAGACCAGAUCCAACAGAUUGAAAAGACGAUUGAAGAGAUUGUGAAGGAUGUCGGAGCGCGCAAAAGACGAAAAGACCCAAAAGCAAACGCCAUGGAUGGGAAGGUGAAGAAUGCAGUGGAUGAAGCAAAGAAACAGAUAGCAACGGAGAGAGAGGAGGAUGAAAAGAAGCUGGCUGAAGAAGUAAAGGCAGAAAGGGAAAGAGAAGCCGAGGAUAGAAGAAAGCAAGAACAGGCCCAAAGGGAAAGAGAAGCCGAGGAAAGAAGGGCACAAGAACAGGCCCAAAGGGAUAGAGAAGCCGAGGAAAGAAGGGCACAAGAACAGGCCCAAAGGGAUAGAGAAGCCGAGGAAAGAAGGGCACAAGAACAGGCUCAGAGGGAUAGAGAAGCCGAGGAAAGAAGGGCACAAGAACAGGCUCAGAGGGAUAGAGAAGCCGAGGAAAGAAGGGCACAAGAAAAGGCCCAGAAGGAAGAAGAAGUGAGGGAGAAAAAGGAUAAAGAAGAACAGCAGAGACGGGUUGCGGAAGAGGCGAAACGGGCAGCAGAAAAGGUCACAAAGAAGAAAGACGGCAGCAGUCCUGCGUUGGUGCACAGUCCCUUAUUGUUGAUUCUGUUGUGUUUGUUGGGUUGCACUCUCGUGUGCUGA